CAUAGGCAGGAACUGUGUGUGAUGUGACUGACGUCCUUGCCUGCCACGAACUGAGAUCCGAUCCAUGCUCCUUCUGCCAACGAUCGAUCUUCUCUAGUCUGCAUGGGACACAACGUGGUUGAGUGUGCAUAUACUUGUCCAUCAGUGCAUUCUUUCGAAUCCAAUUGGGACUGACAGAGGACCACCACACGCACCCUUGGGUGGCUGAGCACGUCAGCCUUCAGGAUCGCUCUCUCCCGCCCUUACCCCGGUUGGCCUUGGUCUCUGGUUCAUUAUUAUCCUCAUCCUCAUCUCCCUCCCCUCCCUUCCACCAUAGAGCCAGCUAGUCAACGAGCCUUCUUCUACACGCCUGUUCAAAGGCCAAGUCCAGCCUGCUUCCCCUCCCGUUGGAAGCUGCGACGUAGUUGGUUACGCGACCAGUAUAACGACGACCGUGUCCUCGCCCUGUGUGUCUCUGGUCCUUUCCCCCCCCCUUCCCCCGAUUUGGGUGCUCUUUCCGUGGUCUCUUCCGGAUCCUCUCGAUCCUCUCGAUCCUCUCGAUUCGUUCUCUCCCGAAUUUCGCUCGCUCUUCUCUAUUUCUGACUGGAUGGAUGGACACACGGGAUGUUCUUGAGUUUCAGACUUCAGACGAACUCCGAGAUUGAACCAGUGAUCCUCUAGCUUCUCCAGCUUCUCCAGCUAUCCAGUGAAACUGGACCAUGGGUUUGAAAGUGCGAAGUACGUGAGCCAUCAGAAGACACGUGAGCUGGUGUCUGUGUGAUAUUCUCGACUGCUCUGGGGCCUUGGGCUCCGGUUUCGGCUCCUGUCACCAUGGCCAACCUCAUCAAGAACCAGAUCUUGAAGCACUUGUCAAAAUUUGUCAAGAACCUCUCGCCCAGUCAGAUCAACAUCUCCACCAUGAAAGGGGAAGGUGAGCUCACCGAUCUGGAGUUGAACGAGGAGGUGCUCAUGGAGUUGAUGGAGCUCCCGAGUUGGCUCAGAUUGAGUAGUGCCAAAUGCAAUCGUGUGACCAUUCGGAUCCAAUGGACCAAGCUCAAAAGCGUGCCCAUUGUGCUUCAACUCGACGAGGUCCGGGUGGAGGUGGAAACGUGCGAGAACCUCCGGAGUGUGAAUCCCAAUGCCAAAUCAGCUACUGCAGCCGGAGGAGGUGGACAUUAUGGUUUCGUCGAGAAAGUGGUUGAUGGAAUAACGGUCAAUGUCAACUCCGUUAUUCUUGUCAUGAAAAGCCAUGUGUUUGAAGCCUCAUUCCAAAUGUCCCGGAUAGAACUCGAAUCGAAAAGUCCCACCUGGACCAAGGCAGAUCUCCGGAUGACUCGCAUCAAGGACACGGACAAAGGCGAAGUACUCAACUUCAAGGAGCUCUCGUGGCAAACCUUGAGGAUUGAAGCCAAAUCAACCAAGACCGACGAUUUGACUCCCUUGAGGUUGAUCACCCAACAAGCGCGAUGCAGAAUCACCAUCAAGAAGAAGAUAGCAGAUUGCGCUGUCCUCGGAUGUCGCCUUGUGAUCAUCUUAGAUGAUAUCCUAUGGGGUCUAACCGAUGACCAACUGAAAGCUGCCCUCCAUUUUGCUGAUUCUCUCAGUGGGUUACUCAAAAGAGCCACAGCUGAGACUCAGAAAGUCAAAGGAGCCAGAAAACUUCAGAGCCUGGCCGAAUUCCAAAAGUCCAAAGAAACGUCUUCCAAAAAGAAAAACGCUCAAACAUGCGCAGCCGCCAAGGUUUUUGCGCGCUACGACGUGGUCGAGACAUCUUAUCAUUUCUACUCAGACCGGAUUGAACUACAUCUCUGUGAUGAUCCAGAUGGAAAGGGUCGAUCUCGUCAUCCCAACCUGAGUGAGGGCGGGGCAUUCCAGAUCUCGCUCUCCAAACUCCAAGUGGAUGUCUAUCCAUACCACUUGGCCGACAGCAAUCGAUCAGCGUGGAUUCGAUACUCGGAGAGUGUACAUUCCACAUGGCUGAAUAAUAGUAUCAUUGCCUUUCAAAACAGCCUCCUUGAGGCCCUGACCUCGACAUCCUCCUCGAAUGCUCCAGGAACAGGAGGAAGCUCCAGCAACAAGGCACCACUUUCAAGAUCAGCCCCGGGCUCAACCGCCAAUGGUGAUGUGCGUGGGAGCAAAGGCAUGUCUGACAAGGACAGUGCCAUACGGGAAACGAUCCUAUCGCAAUACAAGAAGCUGUUAACCACCAACUUGGUUUUGAGACUGUCCAACAUCUGCAUGUGGAAAGUGUCCACCACCAAGGCCAAAAGCACUUCCAAGGAGUUCAUUUCAGGGACAGACAAACCGCCGUUGGUGCUUAGGUCUAAAAGAAAGACAGUCUCAGGGGAUUGUGAGCGUUUUUCCUUGCCUGAUGACAUGCCCGUGUUCCACUUUGAAUACACUCAGUUCUACUAUCCAGGGGAUAUUGACUUUCCUCUGCCUGCACCCAAGUUCUUUGCCUACAUCAAUCCCAUUCAGAUCUCGGUGGAUCCAAUUACUUGCUUGUGGUUGAAUGCCUUUGCGCUUAAUUUGGGUCAAUCGGUCAAAAAGUUGGCCGAUGAGAAAGCCGAACCGCCCUACUUAGAUGUCAAGAUUGAAGCUAUUAUGUUCAGGAUCAUCAUGGAUGCCGCGGAUGAUGCCCCGGAACAGAAAGAUCGCCCUAAAUCUCUUCAUUUACAAGUGUCGCGUGUUUUGGCUGCCAAUUACAGGAGUCUGGAAACGGGAUCCAAAGCUGAUUUGGCCGAGACUCUAGAGACAUUCCAAAAAUCGAGUCUCUAUUACGGUACCGAUUUUCCCAACUGUCCCACGGACCUGCCCACUGUCUGUGAUAAGCUCCUCAAUCACGCCACCGGUCAGGAUAGCGUGUCUAAAGGUGCGCAAACCUUUGUAGACAAUCGUCGUGAUGACAUUUGGAGAGUUAUGAAGAAAGACCUCUUGUGGACGGAAGCCAAAGACGUUUGGUAUUUGCACCUGGAUCCGGUUUGGGCCGAUUUUCAUGGCACUCCUUCGUCGGGAAGUCGCCCAGUGCCUCUGGUGGACGCGUUUCCCAUUACUCUUUGGCUUUAUAAGAAGCCCGAUGAUGAGGAUGAUAAAGCUAUUCGUUCCGAUAAAUCCUCCAACACUAACGAAUCCCCUCAGGCCGAUAUGUACGUGAUUGGUAGCAUCAAGAGCCUGAUCAGCGUUCAGCUCAAUCAUUAUCAGUUGCUGUUCUUGCUCAGAACAGUGGAAAUGAUCAGUGAGAUUACCAUGUUCCUUGCUCAAGACGUCCAUGAUAUUCUCGGGGAGGAAGAGGGACAAGACGACGGGUCUGUCGUGUUGGGUAUCACCAUUCCUCAAGUGGAUCUCUCGUUGCUCAUGCCUUCCAUACAUCAGUCUCGAGAUUCGAUUGGCGGGGAUUACGACUCGACCGUCCCGGACUCGACAAGUGUGUACUCGGCCGGUGAUCUUCUCAAAGGUGCCUAUAACUGGCCUAAGACCAAUCCGGGUGAGGAAUCCGAUACGGAUGGGACACUCCAAUCUCAAAGUGACCUACUUGCCGAAGAUCAAUCCGAGGCCGAUUCCCCCACCAGCUUUUCCAACCCUCCUUCCUUCAUAGACGAUCAAACUACCCCAUCAUUCCCCAAGGUGAUUCAAGCCUCAACCGAGAACAUCACUCCAACCACGUCAACGCCCUCUACCCCCAGAUCCAAGGUCAAACCUAAACACUUAUAUGGGACCAUGCCUUCGCCCAAUUCACUCCACAUUCGAAGCAAGUCUCCAAGUGGCAAGAAACACAGCCUGACCUCCAGCAUCUCGAGUAUGAAAGCUAGUUUGGACUAUCGAAACACGACUCCCACUGACGAAGAAAGUGUGUCCAUUCGGAGCGAUGGAAGCUCGGAAUCGGAUAACUUUGUGUUCGUCGGACAGUCUGAAACGGUCAAUCGUGAGAACUUUGAUGCCGCCCUCUUCAACAUUCACGCCCCAUCCAAGGGUGGAUCACCCGUUGAAGUGGCCAUGGAAGUGACGGAAGAGGCACUAAGUGUGCGAUCCGCCGCCACCUCGCGGUCAAGUUCCGCACGGCAGACCCCGCAGCCCCCUUCUUUGGAUGCGGUGUCAACCCAAAGUGGGCGAUUGAAUGCUUCAGAAUCGAUUAUCAUCAAGCCACAACGCGAAGGCAUGAUUUCGGUGGCCACAUUCCAUGUGGGUCGUUUGGAGAUUGCACAUCAGUCGGUGAGUGGUGUGUCCGCUGUUAAGAUCCAAGGCGCAUCUUUGAGUGGCGAGGAGUGUCCCUCCAUUCCAUGGGACGAAUUCCAGCGAUUCAAGUCAGAAUCCAAGAGCAAGUUCACUUUACGAGGCAAGUGUUGGUCCGAAAGUACUCGUCAACCCCCUUCAUCUUGGUGUUUCCGUCUUCGUUUCACUACCAAAGCACCAAUGUUGGAACAAGUGCUUCAGCAUGGAUCCCAGGAAAUGAGUUUGAGAGAGAAGAUCUCUCGAGCUGCCGAGGCUUUCAUUCAUCUCAAGGCUCAGAAUCUGCCCCUACAAUUCUACAUAUCGACUCUAAGUGGUCUAGGCGACCUUUUCGAAGACGAGAUCAUACCCUCGCCCAUUCCCAUGAAGAUCCAACUGGACAACAUCGCCCUUCAUCUCAUAGAAGAUCGUCCCUCCCCGAAUAUCACUUCUCCUGGCAGUCUUCCGAUCGAUGUUGCCAUCCCUGCCUUAACCAUCACCAGAGACAAAUCCGGACUCUUCUCAAUUCAACCUUCAGAAUCGAAUGUCAAAUCGGAGGAUAGCGUGGCCAAAGCCUCGAUCCCUGAAAUCAUCCAUCCGACCUCAUCCAGUUCCAUGAAUCAUCACCUAGAUCUAGUCCGAAGUGGUGUGGCCUCCAUCGAGACCGAGCUUCAGCAACGAGCCGCGUUAUUGGCCGUAGAUAACUCAAAUCUGCGGUCUUCGUUGGAUAUUGCCAAUGUCAAAAUUCGGGACUUAAGCGCGCGCUUGCAAGACGCGGAGCAAAACAAGGCGUUGGAGGCGGAAAACGAGAAACUGAAGGAGACAUUGAAGUAUUUGCAGAAGGAGCUAGUGAGAGCUGGCAAGAAGGUGUGAUUUCCAAUGCUGGUGGGUUGAGAUGGGUCCAAAAAAUAGAACCUGUGCCAAAGACACGCGCCUAGACGAUGAUAAAAGUUUCAAUUGAUUACCAUGUGAUAUGUUCAAUGAAUAUUUACUCCUUCACUUUCAACAGCUUUUAAGUCUCUUCAACUCGACCCUCUUGUUAUUCCAAUUUAUUGUCGGUGAGACUAUCGCUUUCUCUUAUCUUGCCAAAAAGUCCUAUUUCCGCAUUCCUUGACGGAAUAUCCCAGAAAACUAAUCAAACAUGUGAGUUAAAUCUUGCUUCAAAUAUAUUUAUCCAAUUAUCAGUCUA